GCGCUUGUCUGUGCCUCCAUCGCAUGACGUGCCCAGGGUGAGAGCCCCCCACGGUGGGAGCGAGGUCCUCGCACUCCAAGCUCUAUCGGCAAUCCAGACUCCAAAGUCUCCCGGAUCCAAAAUCCAGGCUCCGGGAUUCCGACUCCCAACACCCGAGGAUCAAUAACUCCAGGUUCCAGGCACCGACGCUUGAGGCUACUAAAGGCCCAGCAACCAAGACUCCAGGCUCCACAAGCCAAUAAUCCUCCAUGCGGCGUGCUCCAGGCCCUGAGGCUCCUCCAAGCUUUGGAAUUGUGGCUCCAAGCUCACCACACUCCAGACUCCUGUCCUAAGACUCCAGAAUCCUGGAGCAUGGACCCCCAGGAUUUCUCCACGCCCGGCUCCGCGCCUCCCCCGCCGCUGAGUGCGGGGGGCCGGGUAUCCUGUCAUCCCGGCCCCGCUGCUGGCCCCCCUUCUCAUCUUCUCUACCCCCCACACAAGUACAUGGCGGCCCCCCACCUGCAACAGAAGCCCCUGCCCAGCGCGCACCCCUCAGGGAGCCCUGCCCUGGGGGCACCCACUGCGUUCCUGGGCAGCUUCCUGGGGGGCCCUUUGGGUGCUCCACUGGGGGGAGGCUCAAUGGGGGGCUCGGCCACACCGCCCGCUAUGUCGAGCUCUGCUGAACGUGGAUUCCAGAUGGCACCACAGGGCGCCAUGACGCACGUGUGGGCGGCGCCACCACCACCACCACACGACGGCUUCUCCCAUUUGCCGAGCAGUGGGGGGCUCUACCCCCCAUACCUUGCUUUGGGGCCACUGGACGGCACGGGGCCCACGGCGUCCCCCUGUCUGUCGCGGCCGCACGACCCCCACACAGACGGUGCGUUCGGCGGGGCUCUGCCGGUCCAGCCCGUUCUCCACCGUGAUGUCGUAGUGCCGACAACCUCCCGGGCGCCGCGAGAGGGGCGGGCGCUGGCCCGGACCGGCGCCCGUGACUCGGAGCGGCCCUCGUCAGCCAGCGGCACCCCGAGGGCAGUGCGGGGUGACCGGCGGGGGAGGGCGGGCACCGCCCUGGCGGGGGAGCCACCCAACCGCGAUGGGGCCCCUGCCUGGGAUGCCGGCACCAGAGUCGUCUGCUCGGUGCAACCGCCAGGCAGAGUUGGUGACGGCGGUGCCGGCGAUAUGACGAGAUCCGGCGAUGCCAAACUGGCGAGGGUGGUGCGGUCGCACUCCAUGGGUGUCGGCGGAGACGGGUUCGCCCCGGACGAGAGGGACGACGCGGUGGGCGCCGGGGUGAGAUCGGCAAAGCCCAAGGAGCGCCAGUGUGCCGGCGCCAUUAGCUCCUAUGCAUCAUGCGGGCUGGGCCACCCAGGGCGGCUGCACCACAACUCGGUAGCCCAUGGCAGUUCUGGUGAGCACCGUCCGGUGGCGCCCACGUACAUGCUGUCGGCGGGCCACCAGGACCCCGAUGGUGGUGGUGCCGCUGCCCGGUACGACCUCGCCGCGUGGCAAACGCAGCGGCCGCCCGUGCUGCUGGCGCCGGAACCCACGCCUGGCGAGACGCCGGCUAUCAGAGGCCUCCUGCAGUACAGCGACUCGUUCUCCUCGUCGGCGUCGGCUUCGUCGUCGCUGUCUUCAUCGCCGUCACCGUUUGUGCCGUCCAACGGUGCCACUGCCGCCUCCGGUCAGAGAAGUCCGUUCGGCGGGCUGGGCCGCGUGCCGCGAGGCCCCGACGGCACGGCGGGGCCGGACACUUCCAGUGCUUGCGGUGACGCGUGCCACCCACCAAGCGACGCGGCCGCCCCUUCAGUCGGCGCUGGCGAGGUUAGACACCCGCCCGUUGGUAUCGCCGUGGCGGUUGCCAGGCAGAGGGGGGAUCACCCCCACCACCACAACAAUAACCAUCAGCAGCACCACGAUGACAAUCGCCAUAACUAUGACAAUAACAGCCAUAACCAGCAGCACCACACUGUUCUGAAGUCUCGGGCCGGCACGCCCUCCUGCACAGCCUCGUCUGGUGGUGCUGCCGCGUCAGCCGGCGGUGGUGGCGAUGGUGGUGGAAGUGGCGGUGGGUUCCAGACAUCCGAUCGCAGGGUGCGGCACCCAACUCCUACCGGCAUACCCAAGGGCUGUGUCCACGCAGGCCCAGUGCCAGAAGCACAGGAGGAGGAGGAGAGGGCGGCACGUGACCAUGCAACUGAGCGAGCGCGGGAGCGUGAGCAGCUGCUCAGGGAGAACAAGGAGUUGGCAGAGUUUGCGCGCAGCCUCAGGCCUACCUCGUUCGCCGACCUGGACCCCAACCUCGUGGUGACCACUGGAGGGGGGGCUGCCCCCAUCAUGCACGCUGGCCAGUGGGGAGAGCUCAAUGCGCCGCACGCUCACGUCGCCCCGCACCAUUGGCUGCCGAGGACCGAAAGUCCCUCGCUUUGGCUCGGGGCACCACCCUACGGCCUGGGUGGCUUCUCUCUCCACCAGAGUAUGGCAGGAGCGUUCCCUCCCGGCCUGGCGGCGCCGCCUGCCACUCCGAACUACCAGCUUGCGCGUGACCCAGCCACGGGCCACCUCGUAGUGGUGCCCACCGACUUCCCCUCUCACUACGCGGCAGAACUUCUGGAGCGAACGCCACCCCCGCUGUGGCCACCGCUGCUGGCAGGGGGGGCGCCCGCCCCCCACCACCACCACCCCCUGUCGCUCACCUACCAGACAAUGCUGCGCCAGCAUGAGCUGUACGUGGCUCAUCAACAGGCCGCGGCAGCCAGCGCCCACGCCCAUGCCCUGCAGCUGCAGCACACUCCGCACAUGCAGGACCACGGGAGGCCACCCCCAGAGCCGCCUCCGCUGCUGCUUUCCGACGAAAACGAUCGCUCAACACCGGCGGUGCUGCCCAAGCAGAGCGCAGUCUCCCCGCCGCCCACGCUUCCCGGCACAAGCCCCUCCCACGCCGGCUCCCUUGCGCUGCCACCACCGCCGCCGCCCUUCCGGUGUAAAUCCCCUCGACGCCCGGGGCCCCCUCCUGCCCUCGACCAUGCAAAGCCCCCCAGUUUCCCGGACGACGCCGGGCCUCCCCCACGGCUGCGCCGGGAGGACGAUGGCCAGGAGGCGCCUGCGCCACUCGGACGGCCGGGCUCCCUGUCCCCGCCGGCGCUGUCGCCACGGCAACUGCAGCCCGGCAACGCCGAGGCCGGAGAGAGGGUGGCCAGGGGUCGGAGGUCGCCGGCGCGGACUUGGAAUAUCCGGCGCCCCCGUUCGGUUCCACCGUUCCUGGACAAGCGACUUUCGGGAAUGGCGCAGCAGCACACUGCGAAGCUGCACGAUGCGCAGCAGCUGGACGUGGUGCACCAGCAGCUGCACGAAUCGCAGCAGCAGCAGCAGCAGCACCACCACCACCAUCAUCGGCAGUAUUUGGAGCGGCAGGAGCUGGAAAAGCACGACCAGUGGCAGCAGCUGGAAGAGCGGCAGCAGCUGGAAGAGCAGAAGCGGCUGGAAGGGCAGCAGCACCAAGAGCACGAGCAGGAGCGGCAGCUAAAAGAGCAGGACCUGCAUCGGCGGCUGCAAGUGCAUCGUGAGGAGCUGCAGGAGCAGCUGCGGCAGCGGCGUCUGGAAGCGCAGCAGCGACGGCUGGAGCGGCAGCUACAUGAGCAGCUGCAAGAACGACAGCGGCAUCGGCGGCUGCAAGAGCAUCAGUAUCAGCUGCACGAGCAGCAGCGGCUGCAGAUGGAGAAGCUUUUGCUGCACGAGCAGCAAAAGCAGCACAUGCGUCAACUGCAACAAAUGCAUCGGCAGCCGCAGGAUGAGGUGGCGGCGUUUGGUUCUGGGAGGGGAUUCCUGCUGCCCCCCUCUUCGGCGUCGUCGGGACUCCCGUGGCCUCCCCCUCUGUGCCGACACGCAGACGGAGUCUCUGCAUUCUCCCCUCCGCCAACCUGGACAUCGCGGAUCCUGCAGCCCAUCGCCACCGAGACUGUGGCGCCAGAGUCGUGCCGGAUGAAACGGAGGCCCCAGUCGGCAGAGCUGUCCUCCACCGUGCCAGAGUCGGAGUCAUUCGGCGCCGAGAACGGUAACAACGACGUAAAAACUCCCGUAUGGGAAGGCGAUGUCACGGCAGGACGGCACGAGACGAUGGAGCCAGACUCCACGGACGCCCCCGAUCCCGCCGGACGCAACACCGAUCUCCUCGUCUCCUCGACGUCAUCGGUGGCAAUGGCCGGCAUCCUUGAACCGACACCGCGUCGUCGUCGUCGGCAUCGUCACCGUCACCAUCGCGAUCUCCAGGAUCCCCAUCGGCGUUACGAGGAGGAGCAGCAGCAGGUGAGGCUGCUUGACGAUGGAACACCAGGCCGUGCCGGGGUUACUCAGCCCGACCCAGGGCUCCCCGACAGCACUGCCGCUACACCGGCUGUGGAGGACCGGCUCGGCCCACUGCUGCCGCCGCCGCCCACCACCGUGGCUCGGCAAAACCAAGGCAACGACGCAGAUGCUUGUGCGCCGCUGGAGACCCGCCCCGCCUGCACGGCACCGCUGUCGGAGGACCGCCCCGCCUGCACGUCGCCGGAGGCCCGCCCCGACUCGCCGCCGCCGGAGACCCGCCCCGCCUGCACGGCACCGCUGCCGGAGGCCCGCCCCGCCUGCACGUUGCCGUCGUCGCCGGAGACCCGCCCCACCUGCUCGUUGCCGCCGGAGGACCGCCCCGACUACUCGUCGCCGGAGGCCCGCCCCGCCUGCACGUCGUCGUCGUCGCCGCCGGAGACCCGCCCUGCCUGCUCGUCGUCGCCGCCGGAGACCCGCCCCGCCUGCACGUUGCCGUCGUCGUCGCCGCCGGAGACCCGCCCCGCCUGCACGUUGCCGUCGUCGUCGCCGCCGGAGACCCGCCCCGCCUGCACGUUGCCGUCGUCGUCGCCGCCGGAGACCCGCCCCGCCUGCACGUUGCCGUCGUCGCCGCCGGAGACCCGCCCCGCCUGCACGUUGCCGUCGUCGCCGCCGGAGGCCCGCCCCGCCUGCACGUCGCCGCCGCUGGAGACCCGCCCCGCCUGCACGUUGCCGCCACCGCCGGAGGCCCGCCCCGCCUGCUCGGGGCUGUGGGUGCUAGCGGAGGCGACGACUGUCGCCGAGCCCCUGCCUGUGCUGGUUGCCGCCCCCAACCGCAACGGAGCCGACGGCCAGUUGCCACCGGAGACAAAAGCGCGGUCCACGCCAUGUGUGGCUGAGCAGUGGACGCGGGAGGGAGGGCUGGCACUGCUGGGGGAGAUUGCUGGGGUGGAGCUGGGGGCGUUGGCAGAGGGCGGCUUCAUGGGGCGGAGCGGGGGACUGGGUGACCUCUUGACCCUGUGCCGUGUGGCCGCGCUGCUGGCCUGUGCUGACGGCAUCGCCACAGGAGACGGAGGCCCUGGGCCUCGGAGGCCCCAGCACCUCCUGGACCCCACGAAGCGCUGCAGCUGGCGGCGGCGACGCGGCGCGCCGGCCUGCGGACGCCGCCGUGCGUUGCUGGAAGUCGAGGGGCCCCUGGAAGUGCAAAUCCGGCGCCGUCUUGCCACGCUGCAGCGCCGCUACCGCCACCGGCAGCGCCAGCUCGCGCGCCUCGUCCCUGCACCCAGCCAGCCCACCAGCGAGUGCCACCUGCGGGAACCGGCCACUCCCCUUUCCCCGCUGGUGCCAAACCCGCCGAGGGACGUGGCCAGGGCUGUCGCCAGGGGGGGUGCAGAGAAGCCUCUCCACCGCCUGGUGGUGGAGGGGAGGAGGCUGGAGGCGGUGGUGGCUUUGGGAAGGAAGGUGGUGAAGGUGGAGCGCAGCCGAGGGGACAGAGGGGUGGACGUGGCAGACGAGCUGGACGAGGAGAGGGAGGAUGAGGAGGACUACGAGGAUGAGGAGGAGGAGGAGCGGGGCGAGGACGGCCUGGGCCCGGUGAAACGCGGCCGAGGGCGGCCCAGGAAGAGGAAGCGGUCGUCGCCAUCGCCCCCUCCUCCGAUUGGUCAACCGCUCAUCGGCCGGGGUGAGGAGCGCAUACGAGCGCUCUUGGCCAAGAAGAAGAAAAAGAAGAAAAGGCGGAGUGGCGACUGUGCACCCCCCAGCAGGAGGAGCCAAGUUCGCCUCCUGCCCAGGGUCGCCCUGCGACCCACGUCCCCAAAUCACACGGCCGCGCCCUGCACACGUGCACCCCUUGUCCCCGCGCGGCACCGUCACUCCAACCGCUCGCCGGCGCCGUCUGGCCGCUCCCGCGCCACUCCACCGGCACUCCCGGCGGCAGCGCCGCCACUCGGCGUCUCGCUCUCCUGCAAGCGCCCCAUGCUCGGCAAGCCGCCGCGUCCUGCCGCGGGCCACGAGCGCGCUGGCGCCAAGCUCUCGCGGUCCGGCGUGCGACACCGCGGGGCUCCGAGCCCGGAGGUGGCGCGCGUGGGCAACCAGGAUGGCGCACGGGCAGCAGCGUCACGCGCUAUUGCUUUGCACCGGUCUGACAGCAGCAGCUUCUCCUGCUGCCUCUCCGACUCGGACCCGGACAUCGACGAGCGCCGCUCCGCACCUGCCUGGCCUCCGCACCCCGGGGCCGCCGGGGGGGCCGCCUUCAAGACGCCCACACCGCGGCAGAGGCCUCCUCAGAGGCCCUCUCAGCGGCGGCCCCAGGGGAUGACACCGGCGGUGCCGCCCGGUAGCUCCGGGGCCCCUCGGGCCCUUGGGCCACGGGGUCCCGCACGCGAACACGGCCUCUCGUCGGGGCCGCAGUGUUCGGACAGCGAGGGGCCCGUGGACUACUGCCGCUCGGCAGCAGCAGGCUGGACCUUCGAGGAUGAGGACCACGUGAAUGACGGCGAUGACGACGACGAUGACGACGAUGAGAAUGUUGGGGGCGGCGGCGGCAGCAGCAGCAGAUUGGUGCCAGGCAGGCGGGGGGCGCCGUUCCGACUGGCAGCACCGCCAGGGUUGACUCUGCUCUCUCCGUUCUCCGGGGGCGCCGGCUCCCGCCCCCGCCCCCCGAGAUCUGCCCCCCGAGGGCCGGGCCCACACGUUCUGGCAGCCCGGCACGCAGCGCCCGCCAAACUCAAGAGGAGGACCAUGGUGCUGCUUGGCUUCGAUCUCGCCACAGACUUCCGGAUGAAGCGAUCGUCUCCUGCUGCGACAAACAGGGCCUACGUGGGGGUGGGUGGCCCUCCGCGCGGCCGGGGAGGGGGCGCCGUCACGGGGACCGCCGCUGUGCCGGGCGGCCUCGGCACGGCGCGACCCGCCGGGGGAGUGCCGAGCCGCGCUGUGCCCUGGAAGGCCGCUCCGGCCCGAGCCAAGCUCCCGGGCCGCCCCCAUCUCAACGGCGCCGGCAGGAUCUGCGCCCGGGGGACCGCGGCCGUGAAGAACGUGGGUCGCGAUGGCGACAAGGAUCGGGAGGAGGACGAGGACGACGACGACGGGUCCGUAUUUGUGAGCCCGCCGAGAAGUUCUGCCGGGAGGCCCGGACGUCCCCCGCUGGGUCGCUCGCAGUCGCUGCCGCUGGGCACGGGACCCGGGACUGGUGGCGCCGGUGUGAGGAAGGGGCGGCCGUGCAAAAGUGGCGGUGGCGGCGGUCACAGCGGGAGCUGCAGUCAGCCGGAGAGGGACGGCAACAAGAAAAAUAAGGCGAAAGUGGCGGACGCCUACGGGGUGUUGGUGAAGGGCCCGAUUGCCGUGGCGUCGGUGGGCAGUCCAGGCCGCAGUCGAAGUCGGAGCCUACAGGGCCCGAUAGGACGAGCUCGCCCGCGGCCUGUGAGCCGCCUGCUCAGCAGCUUCCAGGCGGACGUGGAUUUCUCCCAGAACAGCUCGUUCUCCGAGGGGGAGGGGGGCAGGGUCCCUGAGCCCAGCGCCACACCAGCGCCAGCACCGCGCUCGUGCGUGCUGGACAAGGACGAGCUGUCGGAGGGCCUGCGCGUCCUCAUCCCCAAGCCCGACAAGCUGCUCUACGCGGGGCACGUGCAGAUCCUGCACCCGCCCGACGUGUACGGUGUGGUGAUCGAGGGGGAGCGUGGGAACCGCCCGAGGAUCUACUCACUCGAGCAGCUCCUACAGGAGGCGAUCGUGGACGUGAAGCCGCCCUCCUCGCGCUGUCUCCCACCCGACACGCGCGUCUGUGCCUACUGGAGCCAGCAGCACCGGUGCCUCUACCCGGGCACCGUCACCAGGGAUGGCUCGAGCAGCGACGAGGAGGACGAUGAGGAGGAGGAGGAACGCGCCUUCGUGACGGUCGAGUUUGACGAUGGCGACACGGGGAAGAUUCCGAUCUCGCACAUCCGCCUCCUUCCGCCCGACUACACCAUCCAGUGUGCCGAGGCCUCGCCAGCACUACUCGUCCCAACCGCCGUCGUACGCCGCCCACGCAAGCCGUCUGGUGACACAAGGGAAGGGGGCGGUCCGGCAAUCUGCCAGCCGGCCAAUCAGCACGGCCCCCAGCGCAGGGGCAAAGGUCGCGCCAGUGUGGAGCCUUCCUCCCCGCCCGCCACAGCCCCCACCCCAACCCCUGCCCCCAUUCUGGUCCCCACAGUGGGGCCCCCCGGGGAGCCGCCACCCAGCAAGGUGAAAGGUCGUGGACGGCCUCCUGGCAAGGUGCCAACCGAGGGCGGAGUGGCUGGGAGUGGCGACGCGAGGCCCACCGACUCGCCGCCUGACGACGCGCCGACUGGCUCGGAGCCUCGGGAGAAGCGGCCGCCCCCUGCAGGGGCCCAUGGGGCCCGCGGUGCUGUCCCCCGGCCCCGCGCGGACCCCGACCGUCGGCGGGGCCCACCGCUCCGACCCGCCGGCCCUCCCGGCCGGGCCCCCCUCUCGCCCACGUCCUUGUUCGGGGCUUCGCUCUCCGUGGACACCUUCGAGAGUCUCACCGCCGGCGCCUUCUCGGUGUACCUUGGCGGCGGCGGCGGAAUUCGCGGCGGCCGCGGCGGGAGCGGUCGUGCCGAAGGCGGCGGUGCCGGCUCCGCCGUAGGGCGUCCCGGUGCUUGCCGACGUGCCCGGCGGGGCACAGACGAGGAGCCGCUGGUGAAGUUGGACCACGAGGGCGUCACGUCGCCCAAGAGCAAGAAGACCAAGGCCAUGAUGAUGAUGAUGACGACGACGGCAGUGGCGGUCGGCAGCGACGGAGGUGCGCAGCGGUUUGCCAGCGGCGUGCGGCUAGCAGCGCCGUCCACCUCGUCUGGCGCUAGCGGAGGACGCCCGCGCCUUGGCCCAAUCAGGAAAGCCUCGCCUGCGCAAAAGCCACAGCCGAUGGUCACUGUUCCCACCGCCACUGCCGGCAGGGAUAAUGUUGUUGCCACCUCCGUUCCCGCUGCUGCCGCCGCUACCACCGGCACCACCGCCAGGGCUCCGAGGCCUGGUGAUGCCGGCAGUGGUGCUGGCGGCGCUGGCGGCAGUGGCGCUGGUGGCGGCGCUGGCGGUAGUGGCGCUGUUGGCGGCAGUGGUGUUUGCCCAAAGAGUGGUCGGAAGGCGGAGGACUGGAAGGAAAUCUCGAGGACGGAGGAAAGCGAGCUGAGCAGCAGCUCCGAGUCUGAUUCGGGCGCAAGCCAGGCUGGCGCGACGUCCGCUCGGAAACACAAGCCCGGAGCCAAGCGCUGCUCGCACUCCUCCUCCUCCAGCUCCUCCUCGUCGUCAACAUCGUCGUCAACGUCGUCGUCGUCGUCAUCGACCUCGUCCGCCGGCGACUCGUCUCGCUCCACUGCCACCUCGUCGUCAUCCGAGGAGGACUCUUCCUACAGCUCCGGCGAGGAGGUGGAGGAAGCGGAGGAGGUUGAGGAAAUGGAGGAGGUGAAAGAAGGUGGCAAUGUCCAGCCCAGCCCUCCCACUCUUCCCCAGGUGGCACAGGCAGCCGAGGUCCAAGCUUCGGCACCAGUACGGGCCCAAACACUGGCCAAGGUUUCGGCUGGUGGUGGUGGCAAAGGCGUAGGCGGUGGUGGGGGUAAUGGUGGUGGUGGUGGUGGUGGCGGGGGCUACAGUGGUGGCAAUGGUGGGGGUGCCGAUGGUGGUGGCAGUGGAGCUGGUGGUGGUAGUGGUGGCUCCAUUGGUGGCGACGGUGGCGGUGGCACCGGCAGCAGUGGCUCUGGCAGUGGUGGCGGUGGCACCGGCAGCAGUGGCUCUGGCAGUGGUGCUGGUGGCGCCGGCGGUCCUGGUGGCAGUGGCAGUGGUGGGUCUGGAGGGGGCGGUGGUGGUGGUGGUGGUGGCAGUAGUGGCACUGGUGAUGGUGGUGGUGGUGGUGGCGGCUCCGGUGAUCGGGGGGGCGGCCGGGCCCGGGGCCGUCGGCGCGAGGGAGUGCACCUCCCUACCACCAAGGAGCUGGUGAAGCGCCAGCGGCUGCCAUCCGUGGAGAACCGGCCCAAGAUCUCGGCCUUCCUGCCCGCACGCCAACUGUGGAAGUGGUCCGGGAAGCCGACCCAGCGGCGUGGGCUCAAGGGCAAGGCACGCAAGCUGUUCUACAAGGCGGUGGUGCGCGGCAAGGAGACGAUCCGCGUGGGCGACAGCGCGGUCUUCCUGUCGGCCGGGAGGCCCAACCUGCCCUACAUAGGCCGCAUCCAGAGCCUGUGGGAGUCGUGGGGCAGCCACAUGGUGGUGCGCGUCAAGUGGUUCUACCACCCCGAGGAGACCAAGUUGGGCACACGACACCGCGACGGCAAGCAAGCCUUGUACCAGUCGUCGCACCUGGACGAGAACGACGUUCAGACCAUCUCGCACCGCUGCCUCGUGGUGGCGCACGAGCAGUACGCCCAGAUGGUGCUCACCAAGCGCUACCAGAACAGCGAGGACCUCUACUACCUGGCCGGCUCCUACGACCCCACCACCGGCAUGGUGCUCAACCCCGACGGCGUGCCCGUCAUCUGCUGACAGGCCCGGCGAUGGCGGCGGAGGCCACGAGUGGCGGCGGUGGCUACGAUUGGCGGCGGUGGCUGCGGCGGCGAUGGCAACGACGCCACCGGUGGCGGCGCAGUGGAUUUGUAGUCGGGCACGCCCAGCGGCCCCUUCCCCGCGAUGCCCGCUCUCGCUGUCCCUUCGUGGCUCGUGCCACCACUGCUCCGCUGCCACUUGCGGCAUCGACCGGCGCGGUCCGGAAACGGCAAAUGCAGCGUGGGACUGCGUCUGCGUCUGCGACUGCGAGACGUGGUGCCGGUGGUGCCGUACGUGCGUGUGGAAGCCCGGCAGGGCGAUACGGAGUGUGCGUGGGGGGGCGAUGCCCAUCCACCCACGGGUGACGAUAGCUACGUCGUUGCCAACAGGGCCCUUGCACGGGGCCCCCAGUGAGCCAUCCCCCUUCCCCCCCCACUGGUCACGUCUCUGCGAGGUUGGAGCCGCGUGCGGGUGUGAAACGACGCUUGCUCGUUGCGCCGCGUUCGUCUCGCCUGGGGGCCUUUGGUGGUGGAAGGGGGGGCAGCAGGAAGGGUCCAGAGACCCCCCCCCCCUUUCCACAGGCUCGGGGUCCCCACACCCCCUCUCUAGCCGAAAUGAUUGUGAGAGCGGCAGUGGUGGGGGAAGAGGGUCGUGGUCACCGUUGAUGAUGGUGAUGAGCCGAGCCGGCUGCUGCGUGACUUGAAGAAGUGAGCGAGUGGUGGAAUGCGGUUAGCGAAGGGGGGGUACCGAGUGUGCGAGUGGUUGGGUUGCUGGAUAAGUAGGUGGGCGGUUGAAUUAAUUUGAUUGGGUGAGUGAUUGCGUGGGUGUGCCUGUACGAACGAUGAGAGAGAGAGAACGUGGUUGGGUGAGUAGCUGGGUGUGAGUGAGCGAGGUAGACGAGUGAGAUGUCUCGGAGGGAGUAAGAGAACCCUUCAAUAGCUUUAGUGGACCAGACAAGCGAAUGAGAUACUUGUACCAGCAAAUAUGAUCGUAUUUGAUUUAGUUUUUAAAUUUCUCGCAGUCAGGGUGGAACACAUGAGCAAGCAGGCAUGUGUGUGGCCUUGUAUAUAUACACGUAUAUAGAGCACUUAAACCACACACACACACACACGUGUACUUGCACGCCCUCCUUCAAGGAUGCCUCAAACCUUGUCUCACGUCAGCAGAGGUGGCGGCACCUUCAUUGACGUGGAAGUUGGAGCAGGAAGGUCCUGUGUGGAGUUUGGGUAACGUUUGCUCAGACUGUACUUUGAAUAGAGCCAUCAAUGCUGGCAUUUAUCCUCGAUGGUUUCUGCAAGAUGGUGGUGGCGAAGGACGAUGAUGGUGAUGGAGGUCAUGGGGAUGGGAUGAUGAUGGAGCACACAUUGACGAUGUGACUCGCCAUCCUAAAGCCCCCCCCACGCAUCUCUACAGGGGUUGAAGCUGCUGAACGUGAUGACGAUGGUAGUCCACAAUUAGCAAUGUAACCACCUUUUUUUAAUUUUACCUUUUUACAAUAUAAACAAUAUUAUCGUGGUGUUACUGUAAUAGGUAGCAGUAAACGGUCUGCGAAGGUAUUUACGCAAAUAAUGUUUAAGUCCGUGUCAUAAUUCCAGUAUAACGAUCGCUAAGAUAAUUUGCGCGAAUGUAUUCACACUAGCGGAUAGGACGCCGCCGCAAGUGUUAAGCUAACGGUACACGUGUACUGUCUGUGUACUGCAUUUUUAUAUAUAUAUAUAAUCUCAUAGAUGUAUAUACGUCCAAGUACUCAAGUUUAUUUUGUUUUAACCAGGUGAGAACUCGAAGAGACCGGGGGUAGGAGAGUCUCCAUUUGGCGCAAGAGUGAAGCUGGAGGUGGCAUUAGUCCACUGCGUGUGGCAUCCCACUUGAUGAAAUUUGCGGUGUCACUUUUUUUCGAAUUCGGAAAAAAAAAUUGAUGGCGUGCGCGCCCGCAGCAGUAAUUGUGGCGGCCGCUGGGUCGCCACCGCUGGGUUACCGCUGGAGGCCGCCCCCCGUUCUGUGAGGCCCACGUUCCCAGGGAAGCGGCAGCAGCUGUAAUGGUUUAGUUUGCCCCUAUCGUUGUUUAGCGCAGGGCAGUCUCGCGACACUUUAUCAAGUGGGCCCUUGCCCUAAAACGUUUCGCCAACUACCCCCCCCCCCCCUCCCUUGAGAGCGAGUGUGCCGCUGGUGGCGAAUUUUGCGUAUCGGAGGAAAAGGCCCCAAGACCCCGGAGAAACCCCUCUGUGUGCGAGGGGAUGGUUCCUAAAAAGUCAGGGCAGUCCUGCUGUGUGCACGUGCUGUAGGGGUGUGCACCGCCUACUUGGCUGUCCCCGUUCCCACCCAUCCGAGGCUGCCCUCGGGUCAGGUUCACGGCCUUGGAUUCCUCCGCGGCCGCGGGUCACGUGGGGUAGCAGAAGAGAACAAAUGGGAGCAAUGUAAAUUGGGAGUGUUUGGGGGAGCAUGUGGAAACAGUGCGAACAUGGGAGUAGUAAUCUCCCACCCCGGGGGAGCGGAGAGGUACCCAGUGAUGAGAUUGUUUAUGUGACGAUGACGAUGAUUACGAUGUUGAUAUUGUUUUUUUUCCUUGUGCCCUGAGACCAAAAGAAUGUAAAAUGAGGAUGUGAGUUGGAGGGGGGGGGGGGAAGAUGGGGAGGGUGAGUUCUGCAAGGUGUUUCUGGUGCGACUCAUUCACGAAUGAAUUAAUGCUGCACAAUCUGUCAUCCUCGUCUCCCUCCCCACUCGCCCGUCUCGGAGCCGUGCGGUACCUGUGCCAGGCUAGGUGUCCUCUCGCUCACCUGCUCGACUGCAGGGUUCCUCCAACUCCCACUCCUUGCGUGCCCCAUCACGGUCCGGUUUCCACGUUCACCGAACUAGACUCUUCUCGAUUACAAACCCAAGACGAUGCAAGCGAUAUAUUGCGCCUGAUGAUUGCUGAACACUUUCCACGUUGGUGCUCGUUCUAAUUGAUGUUAAGUAGACAACUCCUAACCGAUAUCUGCCCUUGCACAUUAAAAAAAUCCCAUCGGCUAAACGGCCUACUGGGAGUGCAUAAUUUCAUCAGCAUUGGUUACACAAGCUAACCUGGAACGGCUUUGAUAUUUGGUGUCUCAUCAGCAGAGUCUUAUCAGGCAGGCUUGCCGAAACCAAUGCUGGUUAACAGGCAAGAUGGUCUAUCGGCGAGGACCUCCCUCGGACAGGGGGUCCUAGUUGCCCGCAAAACCACGCACUGUGCCGCACGGCUCUCCACAACACCAAGUGAUCGCUAGCGGGGUCGUCGUUUAGCAAUCGUAUCGGGCACGUGACGUCUCGGGUUGAGAUCGGUGUGAUUGUUCCCCGUGGGGGCCGGUGCGGCGGGCGGCCCGGAGCGACGCUGUGGUGUCCUCACGUGGACGCGCCGCUUGGCUCUGGGGAGCGCGAACGACGCUGCGGCUACCCCACACGAUGCCUGCGACUCGAGCACUUAACCCCCCCCCUCCUCCUCCUCUCCCCACCCACCACCACCCCCCCCCCGGGGGAGAGUUUGUAUUUUUGUAGGCGAACCAUGGCGGUGGCGGCAUCAAUAAACCCGAGAGAGCGACGCGUGUGGAGCCUCGA